UUUUGUAGCACAAAUAGCUUUACUUUUUUUUUUGAAUAAGUAAGGAUGAUUAUAGCAUAAACAGAGAGGUUAUAAUUGUUUAUUUUGCCUGAAAAAGUUGAACUUUUGCAUUUCCCCUUGGAUUCCCAUUCUGGAAGUACUAUUCUUACUGCUGUAUCCUUGCAAGUGGAAAUAAAGAAAAAGAGAGACUUUUUCCUAUUUACAUGUGGACCUUUGACUUUCCAUUGUGUCUUGCUGUAACUAAGACUCCACGAAGAUGGUACGCCACCUGUCGUUUCUGCUCCAGAGGAAAUUCAAAGCCACCCUUUACUUUCUCCUCCUUUUGAUUGUCUUGAUACACAUCGUGAUGGAUUUUAUGCCCUCUGAUGGUCAUAACUCCUGCAGGUGUACAUCUAAAGCAACAGGUGCCUUGAGCCUUUUAUCACCCAGUUCCACGUUAGCAGCUCCGAACAAGCUGAAUCUGAGGAAUCUUCAGGAUUUCAGUAGCAGUAACAGCUCCCUGGAAAAAGGAGCAGAAGGCAUGGCACAUGCGGAUGGCAUCAGCAACAUCCCUCUCCAAGAUGCCAACAUCAAGCAGCAGGAAACCAAAGAAAAACCCACCCAGACAAGUGAAUCCAAACUGACUGCUCUUUUUGAUCAUCCUCUGUAUAAGAUCCCAAUCCCAAAAGUUGCAAGGAAAGACAAACUAUUUGGGACCAAACCAAAGAUGAACCUCUUCAUAAAAAAUCGUGGGAGUGAUGAACGAAUCAGUAGCAGCAAUGCAGAAGGUCUUCAGAACCACAAUGCUCACCCUGCUUGGCUCAGUUUUUAUGCUGGAAUCAAUCGCUAUGAACUGUAUGCCCGCCAUGACCCCUCCCGCCAUGACUUGAUGAAGGAUUUGGCCAAACAGAAAAUUGUCAGCUCAGUUCAGAAGCCUGGAGGAACUCAACUGAAGCUUAUCAUGACCUUCCCCAGUCAUGGCCAAGCCCUCUUCAAACCUAUGAAGCAAACCCGAGACCAGGAGACUUCAGCAGACUUCUUUUACUUUUCAGACUUUGAGCGACACAAUGCAGAAAUAGCAGCUUUUCACCUGGACAGGAUCCUGGACUUUCGAAGAAUUCCCCCCAUUUCUGGACGUUUGGUGAACAUAAGCAAGGAAAUUCGUGAUAUUACAACAGAUAAGAAACUGCUUAAAACAUUUUUCAUUUCCCCAGCUGGCAACAUCUGUUUCUUUGGUGAAUGCUCCUACUAUUGCUCAACUGAACAUGCUUUGUGCGGUAAACCUGACAAGCUUGAGGGAUCCAUGGCAGCCUUGUUGCCUGACAAGAUGCUAGCUGAUCGUCACUCUUGGAGGAGUCCCUGGCGGCGUUCCUAUUCCAAGACCAAGAAAGCCGAGUGGGAGCUGAAUGAAAAUUACUGUGCUCAGGUUCGAAAGACACCACCAUACAACAACACCGCCCGACUUCUGAGUCUCAUUGACAUGCAUCUGCUCGAUUUUCUCAUGGGAAAUAUGGACCGGCACCACUAUGAGACAUUUGAAAAGUUUGGUAACAACACUUUUUUUCUUCACCUGGACAAUGGCAGAGGGUUUGGGAGACAUUCUCAUGAUGAAAUGUCUAUUCUGACUCCUCUUCAGCAGUGCUGCAUUAUUAAAAAGUCAACCUUCUUGCGGCUGCAACUGCUUGCUACCGAGGCCUAUCGCUUGAGUGACAUCAUGCGUGAGUCAUUAGCCUCAGAUCCCCUCUCUCCAGUCUUAUUGGAGCCUCAUUUGGAAGCACUGGAUCGGCGACUCAAAAAGAUAUUGGCCAUGGUGGGAAGCUGCAAGGAGGCAGAUGGACAUAAAGAAGUAAUCGUUGAUGACCUAAAAGGAAAGCAGUCUGUGAGCUCAGAGUAGCAAGAGAAGUGAUAGAUCACUCUUACCUAGACACACAAUAACCCCAACCCAGUUUUUGUUUACUCAUGAAGAAAUCAUUUCAGAUCUCCCAUUGCUAUUUAUUGGUGGGCAUUUACAUUUCCUUGAGUUCCAGUAUGGAACUGUGAACUUUGUCCGCUACCGGGUCAGACCAUUUAAGUCAGGUCUAGAUGACCUGUGGCCUUAAUGAUCAUGUGCAGCACUAGACCUAAUUUCAAACCCCUGUGCAAGAGAUCAGUUCAGAUUAUGACGACAGCUUUCAGUCGAUUCCUGCAUACUGCCACUUGGGAGAGAGAAGAGGGUAUCAGGAGUAAAAAGGGACUGGGGGAUGGGGGAGUUCACAGUGGCUCUUGUGUCACCAAUUCCUUGAAGCUGCCUAGGAGGUUGUCUCUGCAGGUCUUAAUAGGAAAAAAAGUUGUUCACUUCUGACAACUUCUAGGCAAUAUUACUUAUUCAGGCUUCAGGCACCAAGUAUUUCCUAUCACAUGGUCUUUUAAUUGGAAAGGGCAAGAUGGGUACCUGGGAUCUUCUGUGUGCAAAGCAUGUAAAUGGAUAUCUGAACAAUCCAUUCAAUGUAUUAUGCAACAUUCUGCUUCAGAUAAUGACCAACUAAAUGGAAGUACCAUGCAUUCUGUACAGUACAUAAACUGUUGCACAGGAACAUAACAAGUUGAUACUGAGCCAUCCAGCCAAUAUUAUUGACCUUGACCAGCAGUGGCUCACCAGCAUUUUUGGCAAUUUUUUUUUUUCAAGUCCUUCCUGGAGAUGCAAAGGGUAGAAUUUCAAACCUUUUGUAUACAAAGAGAAGAUGCUCUAUAACGUGUGAAGUCUACACAUAGAGGGGAAUGUGUAGACUCAGGCAAGGUUCCCAUUGUAGGCAGGCAACCUGUGGCUCUCCAGGUAUUCUUAUAUAACAGCUGCUAGCAACAUCCAGAAGACCCAGCCAAUGAGAAAUGUCAGGGGUUGCUGUUCAACAGCAUCUGGACAGUCACAGGGUGCUUACUCCUGUCCUAGGACAGAUGCAUUCAAAGGAAAACAUGCAUAUAUAGUUACAUUAAUGUUCUAACAUGGCUGCCUGUGAAUUGGUUUUAUGGCCCUUUGAGUGGAAAUUUUGUUUAAAGCAAUUGAAGAAGUAAUGGUAAUAGCUACAGUCUGAGACUGGUCAAUAAUUGUAUGACAAAUUGAUUGUGAAUUUCAGAUACAAGUAUUUUUAGUUCUUCAAAAAUAUAAUAAAUGAAUGAAUAACACAUUGUUUAAAUGAUAUUUUAGGUCUUUGGAGGAGAAAGUAGCCAAGAGCAUAUUUUCUGCUGAAAAUGACAAGCCAGGGUACUGUGGUUUAUUCAAGCCAUUGUGCUAUCUCUGAAAAGACUACAUCACGUUUAUUAAUUGUGCCUCAAUGGUAAUACUUUUUUCAAGUUUCCCACAGCAACAGGUUUCUAGAUCCUGUUAAAUAAGAGUGUCAGAUGAAAAUAAAACAAAUACCCAGGAUGUGAUAUAAAUAUGUGCUUAAUUUCUACAUUAGCUAAAUUUUAUGUGGUGCAACAGGCAAUUGCCACCUUAAAUUGAAAGUUAAGCUUCAAUACAGGGUCAUCCUCAGAUUUGGCCUGUUAAGGCCAAGCCCUAGCACACCUCGAAGGAGCCAAAAAUGGUCAAAUCUCCUCUAAUUUGAUGCAUAU